AUGGGACCUGCGGCGUCCGCCGGGCGCGCCGCGCGUCCUCCCGCCGGCCCAGCCGCUCUCCCCGCCCCGUCCCGCCUCCCGCUCGCCUCCGCCGCGGCGCGUCGGGCCGAUAGCAAAUGGCGGUUCUGGAAUUCCUCCCCCGGCCUCGAGCACUUCCAACCUUGGUUCUGGCACCCGAAGGAGCGCUUGGCCGAUGAGCUUUCGGGACCGCCUAAGGUGCGCCUGAUCCGCGCCAGAGAGGGCCGCGGGCGAGCCCGGCUGCUGGUGGCGUCUGCAGCGAGGGGCGAUGUCCUGACCUUCGUGGACUGUCACUGUGAGUGCCACGAGGGGUGGCUGGAGCCACUGCUGCAAAGGAUCCAUGAAGAGGAGUCGGCAGUGGUGUGCCCGGUGAUUGAUGUGAUCAACUGGAACACCUUCGAAUACCUGGGGAACUCCGGGGAGCCCCAGAUCGGUGGUUUCCACUGGGGGCUGGUGUUCACGUGGCACACAGUUCCCGAGAGGGAGAGGAUACGGAUGCGAUCUCCCGUUGAUGUCAUCGGGUCUCCAACAAUGGCUGGUGGGCUGUUUGCUGUGGGUAAGAAAUAUUUUGAAUAUCUGGGGUCUUAUGAUACAGGAAUGGAAGUUUGGGGAGGAGAAAACCUCGAAUUCUCCUUUAGGAUCUGGCAGUGUGAUGGGGUUCUGGAAACACACCCAUGUUCCCAUGUUGGCCAUGUUUUCCCCAAGCAAGCUCCUUACUCCCUCAACAAGGCUCUGGCCAACAGUGUCCGUGCAGCUGAAGUGUGGAUGGAUGAAUUUAAAGAGCUCUACUACCAUCGCAACCCCCGUGCCCGCUUGGAACCUUUUGGGGAUGUGACAGAGAGGAAGCAGCUCCCGGCCAAGCUCCAGUGUAAGAACUUCAAGUGGUUCUUGGAGACUGUGUAUCCAGAACUGCAUGUGCCUGAAGACAGGCCUGGCUUCUUUGGGAUGCUUUGUAAUCUAACAGAUUACUGCUUUGACUAUAACCCUCCUGAUGAAAACCAGAUUGUGGGACACCAGAUCAUUCUGUACCUCUGUCAUGGGAUGGUCCAGAACCAGGUAGGUAUGAGCCUUAAAAGAGGAGAAAGCUGUGUGUUUUGUUAAAAAAAAAAAAAAAAAAUUGAAUUUUUUUCUUGUAAAAGUAAUAUUUGGGAAAUAUAAAAAGUAGAAACCUGGGGUGGCCAGACUCAGACAGACCACUGUUAAAAUUAAAAUGUGUUUUCCUCCCAUCAUUUUUUACAUAGAUUGUUUACAACAUGUAGAAUCUUUACAACACAUAGAGAUUAUGUGUUGUAAAUAGUUGUCAA